AUGGACAGUGAAGCAAAAAGAAAGCACUUGGGACUUUUGAUGUUCACGGCACCGACAAACAAUGAUGACGUCAACGCACCUCCCACGUCGAGUGGUCAAGGUGACGCUGUUCUAUCUGCUGGUGCUGCGACGGGGAACGAUCAGACCGACGCACAGAGUGCUCCCGAUCCAUUCAAUGCCAAUAACGAGGACAGUAGUAAGAUACAACCCAAGAGGACACCGAGGCCUCCUAACGCAUUCAUAUUGUAUCGAAAGGCCAAGCAACCGGCGAUCAUCGCAUCCCAAAAACAUCUCACAAAUGCGGAGAUUUCAAAGAAAAUCUCUGAUAUGUGGAAAAGCGAACCAGAGGAGACCAUUCUAAAGUGGGAAAGACUGGCCGAUCAAAAGAAAUUGGAACACAUGCAAAACUACCCAAAUUAUGUAUACUGCCCCAACAAAAAAAAGUCUAAAGUUGACAAAAGAAAGCAACGAAGACGUUCGUCUCACACGAAUCCCUCCGGUCCGGCAAGGAGGAAAUCUGCGAAAAAUUCCGUUGAAAGAACAACAGAGAAAACCGCCGACUCAUCUUCGGAAAAGGUGAGUGACGAAAUGGCCGGUUUCAAUGCACUCAACACUCAAUCCCCAUCGAUCAGUAUGUCGCCUCGACAACACAAUGGCAAUUCGCGUAACGAUCCCGUGCCCUCUUCACCUUAUGCGAUGCUUCCGAGUUCCGAGAUUUCCGUGUUUACGGAAAACCCAGAGGAGUAUGCCAAUUCGCAAAAGCAACUUACACCAAACAUUCCGAUUACACCGAACGCACCUUUAACCCCGGUUUCACCUCACCAAGUUCAGUUGCGCGAAAGCGAAUUCAGUAAGAUUCGUCAAUAUGACAAUCCAUUUCUACCUUACAGCCCGGUGGAUCUGCAUCAUGCGUACCAACACUCCCAACAACAGCAUCAUCACGGCAACAAUCAUGACUUCUCCUUUACGCCCAUUAACGAACUGACCCCCUUCUACCAUGCCGCCAAUGGAUUUUCACACCAGGUUGACUCAUCGUUGUAUUGCUUAAUUCCCGAAGUGGUACAGGCGCAACAACAGAUAAUGUCAGAGGCGAUGCUCCAUCACGAACAACAUUCUCCUCACAUUCCUCCCGCCAGUUCCAUCACGUCGUCGAACGGUUCCCCUGUUCACAACACUAGAACCGAGUUUUACCAAUAUCUUCACCAGAAUGGCGGAAACAGUGCCAACGUCAACCCCGCAAAUCCCGUGGUCGGUAACCCUUCUUUUGCUGAGAUGCUCGCUGGAUUCGGGUGUCAAAAUUACAUGAGUGGUUCUGUGAACCAUCCUCAAUACUUUCAAUGA